CCAAACAGUAAAGUAAAUAACAGACAGAGAAGGCCCAAGAACAAAAGCCCAAAAUGAAAAACAGAAAACCCUAGAUCUGAGCAAAAGCCACAGCCGCGCCACCCAAAGACCAUCUGCUGCAACACCAUCGCAAAUCCGCAAUCACCGAGAAAGAGUAACUGGUAACAACACAAACCAAAGGUCCAGGCGGAAGAUGGGGGGGAACUAGCCAUCCUCAGUUAUGUUUGUGUGUUUUCAUGUAUAAAUAGCAACCAGCAGAAAUUCCUACAAGGUACGCAAAACAUGAUUCAUACAAUAAGAUCACUCAGAACCCAAUCGCUCUCAAACUUAGUCCAAAAUCCUUCCGGGAUCCGAUUUAGGCAGAACGCAACUAUUUCUACUGAUCCAGAUAGUAAACAUAACAUGGACAAGACACAGAACCCUAACCAGCAGAAAACUGGAGAUGCGAUGUCUCAUUCAUUUGGGGAAGGGUAUGCGACGAGGUCUGAUGAGGAAGGAUUUGGAGGGGUAUUUUCGGGAAACCAGUCUCUUCCGAAGACAGAGCAGGAUCAGCUGAUCCAUGAGAACCACCCUGCUUAUGACAAGACGCAGGGAAGCGAAGUGAAGGAGAAGGAGAAAGGACGACACCAAACUCAGGCCAAUGCAUCAACAAACUAAUGAAGGAGCCCGCGAGCGGAUUGAUCUGUGUGGAUUCGGUGGCCUUUCUAUAUAAUUCCUUUUCAUUUUGCAAAUCAUUUUUAUUUAAUUUGUUGAUUAUAUGUUAAUACUUGGAAAGGCUUUAAAGUUCGUAAUAAUUUCAUUCAUUUUUGGCUUUAUUGAA